AGACCGAUCGACUAAUUAGGAAGGUUCAAUGAAAUCACGGGACCGAAAAAAUUAUUCUCGAUGAAAAUGCGGAUUAAAAGACGAAGGCGAAACCGACGACGCUCAAAGGUGAAUUAUUCAAAAUCGAGAGGGAUUGCAUCAGUUUUUACAUUGGAAAAUGACCCUUACGUGCCGGAGCUUAAAAUACCGAUUGGGUGCCUCCGUUAUUUGAUGCUUGUCGCUGCAAAUUCUCGCGAGGCGCUCUUCGAAACCGAUGUUAGUGCUGAAGUAUCGACGUGUCUUCUUGCGAUCCAGCGUUUGGGGAUGAGUCCUCCAAAAAACCUGCACCCAAGGUGCGACCAAGCGGACCUGAUCCUCGAGGAAGAAGAUUCCCAGACCACCAAGAUCGAGAUCCUUCCCAAAGAGUCUGAGGAGGCCAGAGACACGUCCGACAGCUCCAGCAGGACAUCCUCGUCCGAUGUGGAGGCGGUGGUGGUGCCCCCAGACGGUGGCUGGGGUUGGGUGAUAGUAUUCGCCUCUUUCAUGAGCAACAUGAUAGUGGACGGCAUCAUAUUCUCCUUCGGCAUGUUCCUCUCGGACAUCGCGACCAGUUUCAACACCAGCAGGUCCCAGGUGACCCUAGUCGGGUCCCUGAUGUCAGGUUUCUACCUCAUCGUCGGACCUUUCGCCAGUGCGAUAGCGAACAGGUACGGGUUUAGGCCGGUGGCCAUCAUUGGGAGUGUGCUGGGAGCCACAGCCUUUGUGAUAUCGUAUUUUGCGACUAGUGUUACGUUUUUGUGCAUCUCUUAUGGAGUCCUAGGAGGUAUUGGUUUUGGUUUUAUAUACGUUCCUGCUGUGAUAACUGUUGGUUACUAUUUUGAGAAAUGGAGAGCAUUAGCCACAGGCAUAGGAGUUUGUGGUUCAGGCAUAGGCACCUUCCUGUUUGCCCCUUUGAGUGCCUACUUCAUCGACAACAUGGGCUGGAGGGCUGCACUUUUAUGUCAAGCAGCUAUUGUGGGCUGCUGUGUAUUCUUCGGGCUCCUUUAUAGGCCGCUGAAACCGCUCAAACUGAAGGACAUCACCAAGCUCGAUGAACCCGAAGAAGAGCUGGAACAACUGAACGCAGACAUAGAAAAACUGCCCGCCGCGACAAGAAUCAAGAUGGAGGAAGUUUUGAAGGUUAUGAGAAAGAACGAAUGCGAAGGCAACGUCCACUCGAUCCCAAAACUACUAGGCGUGAUCAAUCACUCAGAUUAUCCCACAUUGGCUGAUGUAUACCACACCAUUGGAGCCCCACAAGCAACUAAGAAAGUCAUAGAAAUGAAGAACAUAACCUUCGAGAAGAGAUCCAGCGUGCCCCAUCUAUACGACAACAUGAAACUACAGUUCGAGAGCAAGAAACCCCUCCUGAAACUGCAAAGCGAGAGGCCUUUCAGGCAUAGAACUAGGUCGGAAUCACAGAGGCCGAACCACGAGAUCAACAGACCGCUAUACAGAGACGACAUAUUUUUCAGUGGAAGUUUGAAGAGGCUACCCGAGUACACCUCCAAGAGCUCCUUAGCAUACAACUUGGCCGUUACCAGAGUUUCGACGAAAAACGACAUUGACGAAGAGAAGAAGCAUGUAUGCAAACUGUUCCCGGAAGCUGUCAAAAGAACGCUGGCAACCAUGUUGGAUUACAGUCUACUCAAGUCGCCGUCUUUCCUCCUCCUCGCCUUCGGUGGAUUCUUGACCAUGAUGGGAUUCUAUGUUCCGUUUAUGUACCUCGCGGACAGGGCCAAAGAAACCAUGCCGGCUGAAAUGACAGUGUGGUUAGUGUCUUCAAUAGGCAUCGCCAACACAAUCGGCAGGGUCUUGUGCGGACUGUUGAGUUCCUUCCCAGGGGUGAAUGCGCUGUUCAUCACCAACGUCGCUUUGACGAUCGGAGGUGUUGCCACGAUGUUCAGCGGAUGGUCGAUGAGCGAGGAGUACCAAUUCACCUACAGCGUCGUUUUCGGAUUAGCGAUUUCUUGUUUUGCCUCACUUCGGUCCAUUAUUGUGGUAGACCUCUUGGGCCUGGAGAACCUCACAAAUGCCUUCGGUCUUUUGCUCCUUUUCCAAGGGGUCGCAGCCUGUAUAGGAUCCCCACUAGCUGGCGCGUUCAUGGAAUGGAUGGGUAGCUAUGAUGACGCUUUCUAUCUUUCCGGAGCCCUACUUGUGGCCUCUGCCGUUAUGUGCUAUCCCUUGAACUGGGUGAACAGACGAGAGAAAAGGAGAAAUGGACAAGAUAACAAAACGGUAGUAUCAGCAAUUCCGGCAAAAAAACUGGAAAGGGUACCGCUCGAGAUGACCCCGUCAACGCCACCGGUCGAGGUCACCCAAAGCGUAUCCUCCAGAAAGAGCCAAGCUUUUCGUUUAAAGAACGCCGCUCAGGAGGACAUCGUUUACACCCUCGUGGUCAUACCGCCAGAUGGAGGUUGGGGUUGGUUCGUUCUCGCGGCCUCGUUCCUCAUCAAUUUCAUAAUGGACGGCACCAUCUAUUCCAUCGGGUUAUUCCUGGAGGAGAUAGCCGAGUACAUGGACACUUAUCCCACUAGGGUAGCCUACGCCAGUUCCAUACUUGUUGGAGUCAAUCUGCUCACAGCACCAAUAAUCUGCGGUUUAACCAAUAAGUAUGGAUUUCGGAUCAUAACCUUCAGUGGUGGUAUUAUGGCUUUCGUAGUGCUCCUGGUUUCUUCCUUCCUCCAAGAACUCAACUUAUUCCUCUUCAUAUUCGGAGUGUUCGGAGGCAUUUCCUGUGCUCUCAUCUACGUCCCUUCCGUCAUCAUCGUGGGUUUCUACUUCGAAAGAUGGAGAGCUCUGGCAUCCGCUGUAAGCGUCUGUGGAUCCUCCUGCGGAAUCAUAUUCUUCCCCUUGAUACUCAACAACGUCCUUGAGGGAUACCAAUGGACCAUCAAGUUUCGAAUCUUGGCGAUAAGUUUCUUAUUCGUAUCCAUAUUCAGUCUGACCUUCAAACCUUUACCGCCGGUAUCCGUGCAGCCUAGUCCGGAGCAAGAAGACUCCGUCCUUUCUGUUUACCUCGGGGGAGACCAUGGGGCCGUUCUGUCCAGAAUGUACAGCAGCUACCACAACCGGCUGUACCCAACCACCGCGGAAGUCCAGGAAGGUUCACCCCAACCGAUUGUCAAGAAAGACUUCAGCUCCUCCUCUACGCUAGUAGCUACCUCCGGUUUUCCGGGAGGAUCGAGCACUGUUAUCAGCAAGAUGUCCACCGUCUUCGAGGACGAGAUCAAACUUCCCUGGUACAAAAAAUGCGGGCAGUUCUGGAGGGAAACGCUUCGCUGCAGAUGGUGUUGCGGUUCUGAAGGAAUUCGGACCACCGUCAGUACGAUCAGCAGGCCUUUAUACAGAGACGACAUAUUUUUCGCUGGUUCCAUCUACACUCUGGCUGAGUACCCCAAGAGACCUUCGAUAAAAGGCACCGUGUCGUCGGUUAAAGGAACAGUGUCGAAGAAAUCCGCCGUAGAUUACCAUUUAUCGGUAACGAGGGUGGCCACCCAAAGGGAUCUAGACGAAGAAACCAAGACCUUCGUCUGUUGUCCAGAAGCCCUGAAGAGAAUACUGGCGACCAUGUUGGAUUUCAACCUGUUGAAAUCUCCGUCAUUUCUGUGCUUAUCCAUCAGUGGUUUCCUGGUAUCGCUAGGGAUGUACGUACCGUUCGUUUACAUCGUACAGAAGGCCAUAGAGAAUAAUAUAGAACAGAGAGUUGCCGGUAUGAUGGUGACUGGAUUAGGGGUGGCCAAUUUGUGCGGUCGAAUCCUUAGCGGCGUAUUGGGUUCGAUACCUCAAACUAACGCUUUGGUCGUCACUUAUUUGGGAUUGUUCACUGCAGGAAUACCUUCCAUCGCUUUCGCUUUCGUCGAAAGUCAGUGGAUGUUUUAUUUAUACAUAGCCCUCUACGGAUCAUCUAUAGCCACUGUACCGUCGAUGAAGACGAUCAUCCUGGUAGAUCUGCUGGGUUUGGACAAACUGACGAACGCCUUCGGGAUAACACUGAUGUUUCAGGGCGUUUCCAGUUUCAUAGGUUUGCCAGUUGCCGGGUAUUUCAUAGAAUGUACCAAUUCCUACAACGCCAGCUUCAUUUACUGCGGCUGCACUAUUAUCCUAAGCGGAGUGAUGCUUAUUCCUGUGAGAUUGAUUAAGAAUUGGGAAAAGGAUAAAAGUUGAGACUGAAAUAAAGAAAUAAAAAACC